GAGGUACGUACACCCUUGUCCCUGAGUGUUCUCUUUGGCAUGCCUUUUAUCCCUUUCUCCGGUGGAAGUGGAUCGAUCGACUUUUGCAUAGUGGAGUGAGCUUUCAGCUUUGCAUUGUACGUGAACCUCACGCACUGAAGCUCCGUGCGUGGGCGUGGACGACGUGCCUAUGCAGAUCACGCGACGAGAGGAGAGGACACGUGUGCCGCGGCGACUGUCUCCGGCCGGCUCGGCUCGCCGGAGAAGCCCAGAGUUGAGCGGACCUGGACCUGCCGCCACAUGCGCCCGCUCACAGCCAGAUGGGCCCCAUCACAACACACCUCCGUAUAUAUCUCUCGGGAUCCCCAUCCUCCCCCACGUAGCACCCGGACGGACACGGCCAAGGCGAAGGCUUUGCUCGAACAAGAAAGAGCACGAGCCGCCCGUACGGUCCAGCACCUCACCAGCCUCCACCUCCACCGCGCCGCCGCCUUCCUCACUUGCUCCCACCCCCAGUCCAGCACCGCAUCCCCCGCCUCAAGAACACGCGCCGCCGUGCUUGCUUGCUCGCUCGACCUCGACUGACAACUGCGCGCACCGGCCGUCGGCUGAGAAAGCAGCAGCACCCGUUCCAUCCCCUUCCCGCGCGCGGCCGACGAUGGAGCACGCGUCCGCGUUGCUGGAGCUGGUGGCGCGGCAGGUGGACCCGGGGCAGCCGGGGUUCUGGCGGGACUUCCUGGUGGGCAUGCUCAAGCCGUUGGCGGCCACCGCCGUGGUCGCCAUGGCCGUCGCGCUCAGCUUCACGCAGCGCCUGGGGCUCGAGGGCGAGAUGCUCUACGCCAUCGCGCGCGCCUUCCUCCAGCUCUCCGUCAUCGGAUUCGUCCUCCAGUUCAUCUUCACGCAGAAGAACGCGCUCUGGAUCCUCCUCGCCUACCUCUUCAUGGUGACGGUCGCGGGCUACACGGCGGGCCAGCGCGCGAAGCACGUCCCCCGAGGGAAGUACAUCGCCUGCGUUUCCAUCCUUGUCGGCACGGCCAUCACCAUGUUCCUGCUCGUGGUGCUCAACGUCUUCCCCUUCACGCCCCGGUACAUCAUCCCCGUCGCCGGCAUGAUGGUUGGCAACGCCAUGACCGUCACCGGCGUCACCAUGAAGAAGCUCCGGGAAGACGUCAAGAUCCAGAGGAGCCUGGUGGAGACUGCGCUUGCUCUGGGAGCGACACCGCGUCAGGCGACGCUGCAGCAGGUGAAGAGGUCGCUCGUGAUCGCGCUGUCCCCGGUCAUCGACAACGCCAAGACGGUGGGGCUGAUCGCGCUGCCCGGCGCCAUGACGGGGCUCAUCAUGGGCGGCGCGUCGCCGCUGGAGGCCAUCCAGCUGCAGAUCGUGGUGAUGAACAUGCUCAUGGGGGCCUCCACCGUCAGCAGCAUCCUCUCCACCUACCUCUGCUGGCCGGCCUUCUUCACCAAGGCCUUCCAGCUUCAAGACAAGGUCUUUGCUGACUAGUGACUAGAAAUCAGCUGGUGGUAGGAGUGGAAUCUGAAGAGAUCGUCCUUUUGAAUUCUCUCUAGUUGAGAAGGGGGAAAGAUUGUAACUUUCAAUGUCAGUGUUGAUGGUAAAUUGCUGAAUUUUCAUGCUCAUAUCCAUGUUACGAAGUAAAAAGGGAGUACUGAUACUGUGGUGAGGAACAAAAAGAGCAUGCACUCCUGCAACCAGUGGGCACUUUGUCCAUCACUGAUUCUGCAACCAAUUC